CGGUUAACUUGGCGGCGAGUGCGGGUCUGCUCGACGGCACUGUCGCAAUCUGACAUUUGCGUCCACAUGGUUUGUGGGUGAAAAUACCGAGCUGAAAGGAACGUGUUGUGUAUAAAUAAAAAUUGUGCUCUCGACAAACGGGUGGCAGCAGCAAGCAAUUUAAACGGGUGAGAAGCAAGUGAUGUGAUUGUGCUUUUAAAAUGGGAGAAGUUAAAGCACAUGCACGUAGAAGUUGCAAGACGAUCGCUCUAAGGUACAGAUUUGUAUUGAACAACCAAGAGGAUGGCAAGUCAGAGCUGCAAUUUUUGCCUCAUGAAUUGAUUAAAUUGGAAGUGGACGUUUCUAAGGAACCGACACCAGAACCAGAGCCAGAGGUGGUCUAUGUAGAUGAUGUAGAGUAUCUGCGAAGCUUGGACCCCAAGGAAUGGAAAAAGCAGGAUCAUUACAAGGUGCUUGGCAUCGAGCCACUCAGGAUUAAAGCAACAGAGGAGAUCAUUAAGACAGCUUAUAGGAAGAUGGUUCUGAAGCAUCAUCCUGAUAAGAGGAAAGCUCAGGGUGAAGAGAUCUUGCAGGAUGAUGAUUAUUUCACUUGCAUCACGAUGGCCUACGAAACGUUAGGAAAUCCGGUGAAGAGAAAGUCGUAUGAUUCAGUUGAUCCUGAAUUCGAUGACAACAUCCCAACAACUAGUGAGAUUAAAAAAGAUUUUUACAAAGUAUUUGAUAAGUAUUUCCAAUUGAAUUCGCGUUGGUCUGAGAGGAAGAAAGUGCCGAAAAUUGGUAACGCUGAUGCUACCAGAGAUGAAGUCGAUCAUUUCUAUUCAUUUUGGUAUGAUUUUAAAUCCUGGAGAGAAUACUCUUACGAAGAUGAGGAGGAUAAGGAUAAAUGCACAGAUAGGGAUGAAAGAAGGUACGUAGAUAAAUUGAACAAAGCUGAGAGACUCAGAAAGAAGAAGGAGGAAAACUCUAGAAUCAGACAGUUGGUGGAUUUGGCUUAUAACAAUGAUCCUAGAAUAAUAAAGUUUAGGCAAGAAGAUAAAGACAAAAAAUUGGCCAUUAAGAAAGCGAAACAAACGGCCGCGCAGGCAAAACGCGACGAGGAAGAGAGAGUCUUGAGGGAGGCCCAGCAGGCUAAGGAGAAGGCCGAGGCUGCAGAACGGGCCAAGAUAGAGGCGAAGCGUCAAGAACGCGAAGCCCUCAAGAGAGUGCUGAAGAGGGAAAAGAAAACGCUCAGGGACUUCUGCAAGAGUCACGAUUAUUUCGUGACCAAUCCGGACGACAAUUUGAAGCAUUUAACAGCGCUGGAGAGACUUUGCGAGUAUCUGACCGUCGAAGAAUUGGGUGAGCUGAAUAAGAAUCUGAAGAACAAUGGAAAAUCGGCGUUCAUGAAAGCCAUCAAAGAGAACGAUGCGAAGAUCGAGGCAGAGAGAAUGGCGAGCACUCAGACAUAUCAGCAGAGGAUAUCAGAGCAAGUUAAAAACAAUGUGGUAAAAGUCAAUCCGGAAUGGACGAAUGACAAUAUUCAGCUGCUGAUCAAAGCGGUGAAUCUGUUUCCUGCUGGCACGAAUCAGAGAUGGGAGGUCGUCGCGAAUUUCCUGAACCAGCAUGGUACAAUUAGUGAAAACAGUUCCAACUUUACUGCCAAGCUGGUACUGGCGAAGGCUAAGGAUUUGCAGAACACCGAUUUCUCUAAGAACAACAUGAAGGAGGCUGCGAAUAAGGAAGCGUUCAAUACUUUUGUUAAAGAAAAGAAAGCGACAGUUAACGUCAAGGACACUGAAAUUUCUAAGAAAGAUGGAAAGAAGGAGGCAGCACCUAAAGUCGCUGCAUCUAAAGUCGUUGCACCUAAAGUAACACCGCCUACGCCUACACCUGCCCCGAUGACAAACGGUGAUGCGACAACAUCUACCUGGUCGAAGAGCGAACAGCAGCUGCUCGAACAAGCGCUGAAAACCUAUCCAUCUUCGACGGCGGAGAGAUGGGAUCGUAUCGCCGAGUGUAUACCAAAUAGAUCCAAGAAAGAUUGCAUGAAACGUUAUAAGGAAUUAGUGGAAACGAUAAAGGCGAAGAAAGCUGCACAGGCCAAUCUCAACUCGAAAUAACGAUUGAUACGAGAUGUAUAGAAUAUUAGGGCAUUUUUUUGAGAAAAAAAAACUUGGUUUAUUUAUUAAACUUGAAUCGUUUACUUAUCGUCAUUUUCUUUUUAAAACACUUACAAUUAUUGUUAUUAUCAUUACGUAUUACCUUUUUGUUCUUUGAAGCUGGCUUUUCAGAUUUUACAUUAUCGUAUAUGUAUUCUUUUUCCUUUACUUAUUUUCUUUAAUAUUAAGGCGGCGUCUCUACCACACGUUCUCCCCUCAACAACAACAACAACAACAAAAAAAAAACACAAAUUGUUAAAGGAAUUUAUACGAUUUUCUUUUAUUUUCUUAAAUUCAAUUCAUGUGACAAAUAUACUUAUUAUACAAUCAUUCAUUUUGUGCUGUGUUCCGAAACCUAGUUAUUAGAUUGUAUUACUUUCAAUUAAAAGCAAUAAACUUAUGCAUUAGCACUAGCUACAUAGGUAGGUAAGGUGUAUUUAAAUAAAGUCAUAUAUUAAUCGAAGCGUACGACUAUUGUCUAUAUUGUUGAAAUGUAGAAAUGACAUCAACUAUUUGAACAGCUUUUCGAGCGUUAUAAUUUAUGGAAUGUAUCAUACUUUUUUGUUUGUUUGUUUAACCCUGUAUAUCAUUUUGUAUUUACUUAC